GUCACUUUCACUUUCUUUUUCAUACUUCUUUGUCAUUUACCUUCCUGUUUUCUUACUGACAUUCAUAUCUCUAUUUCAAUCACCCUCCAUGCUUAAUUAGUUGUUAUUGUUACCUGGAAUAACCUCUCCUCUCCUCUUCUCCCCUUCUCUCUUUUCCUCUCAGCCAAUCUUCCAAACUUGGUCAUGUUAUUCGUUCUGCCGCCAAACACGGAGCUUUAAACAACAUCCAUCACACAGGAGUGGGCUCUGGACUUUACUCUGUUUCUAUUUUAACUGGACUCGCUCAGACAGCAGCCAUGGCUCGCUGCAGGAGCUACUUGCGAGGACUUGCUAUCUGUGUCACUGUGUUGCUACUGGUGUCUGGGUUUGUGAUGAUUGGUGCUGCUUUUUCCCCCAUUGAUGAUAUACCUGUUGCAGAGUUGUUUGACCAGCUGUCCAUUAGUAAUGGCUUACUGGUCCUGCAGGUGUUUGGUCCACUCACAAUGGUUUUGUCUGUUCUGGGCAUAUCUGCUGCCUCUUUGGACUACAAAUCUUUGCUGUUGGUGUUUUCUGCUCUGACAUUUGUGGAGUUUGUGGCACUAAUGAUUGUUGCCUCACCCCUGGUUCAGGUUCAAGCUCAGAUGGACUUUGCCGUGGAUGAAUUGUUUCUCAAUGUGACACCCCUACACAAAGCAGCAGCUGACAUCCAGAAAGAAUUAAAUAAGCUUCAGACGUCGGACUCCUGUUGUGGUUUGAGGAAAUUUGAAGACUGGGAUAAUCAGCUUCCUUUUUCCUGUAUCUGCACACCUCCUACAACCACCUAUACCAGUGAGUCAAGAUCUCAGCCUGGUAAUUCCAGCUCAUAUGAGCCUUGUGUGAUGGUGGGAAGUAACCAGCAGUUUGUGCACUCCAAGCCCUGUGGUCCCAUCCUAAAGAGCUACCUGAGUUUCCCAGUCAAGCUCAGAAUAGGAAUCAUUUCAGCUUUCGCCACCAUUGCAAUAACAGCCAUUGCUCUGUGUCUUGCUUUGGGUCUGGAGAAAUACUGGAAGAAGCCUCCAGUUGAAACUACAGUCGACGAUUACGACAGAGUGAAAUACCAACCUAAACCUUCCCUCACCUGACCUCAACGAUACUAAUGCGCUUCCACUCUCUGGGCUUCUGGUGCUGAUGAGAUGGUCCAGAAUGAACACAUGGUGCUUUAUCGAGCUGUUGCCUGAAAAUGCUAAUUUGGUGUAUAUGGUGUAAAACAUUUCCUUCUUGAAAUGUUCAUCUUGUGUUUGAUGGAAGGGGAUCAAAACAAUAGAUACUUAAACUUUUCAUUGUAGCAAAAUACCUUCAUGUAUUCAGUAGCAGAAGCAAAUUUCUAACAGCAGCAUCCUGAUGGCAUCAGCUUUAACCACUACAGCUGCUUCCCAUAUCAACAUGGAAAUUUCUGUUACUGUUUAAACAUGCUUCUGGUAUCUAGUUA